UCCGGAAAUGUUUUUUUUGGUGACAUGCUGAAAGAUGACAGUUUAGAUUACCUGUAAUUAUAUAUAAGAUGUACAGGCAUCUGUCUUUAAAUUUCAGUUGAUCAUCCCCUGAAGGCUUAUUUUUUUUGUCGUCAAGUAUUGAAGAAUAGAAUCUUAAAUCAGAAUAUUCUGAAGGAGGUAAGGAACUGCAUCUGUAUAAGAAAAUCUGAUUGUUUCAAAAAUUAGACGUAAUAUACAUAAAGUAUAUACUUUGUAAUACUGAAAUAAUUAUGUCAUUGUUUUAAGCAAAGUGGUAAGAAAAGUUAACAAGUGAACUGGAAGGUGCAGUAUUCCGUUGCUCACUGGAAAAGUACGGGUAGCUAAUUCUGUUCUGAGGAGGGUUGGUACUUUGAGGAAAAGAACCUGAGGAGUGCUGGAGACAGUAAAUUUAAAGGUGGUAUUAUGCAAUCAUGUGGGUAGCAACUUCAUGGAACUUGACCAAGGAAACGGCUUGCUGCUCCACAGCUCUUCAAGAAUCCCAUAGCAAUUUACUCAAUUUACACAUUAUCAACUAGAAAAAUUGCACAGGUUUAACUUACUCAAGCAGUUAAUAUUGGUAUUUCAUAGUGGCAUUUAAAUUUCUGUCAUUUCUGAUUACACUAACGUGCAAAUUUAUCUCCGAUUCAGUUUAAAAUUUCAAGUAUGUAUUUGAAAAAGUCGUGUUACUGCUUAAAGGACUGUUAACUUUGUAGUGAGACAUCUAGAUUAUGUCAGACUAGAGAUGUGAAAAUCUGGGAGCUCUUAGCUGAGAUUCUGGCUUGUAAUUGUUAUGUUGUUACAAAUACACAAGGAACAGACAGGAAAAGUUCUGUGCAGGCAAAGGUAUCAAUUUCUAGAUUGACAUUUUAAAUUCUGUAUGAUUUCCCUAAAAGGAAAUAACAUUAACAUUAUAACCCUAACGCUAACCUAAAUAUUUGAAUAAGCUUGGAAUUAAAAACUGUACAAGCUGUUGCUGUUCCACCUUUCAGUUAAUAAAACAAGAGGGAAAUGCAUGAGAAGGGUCAUAAGCCUCAUUCUUAGUGGGAUUCUGCCUGCACUUCCAGUGUCAUCCUGUGAGUGGAUACAGUUGCUUUUGAAAAAUUGAUUUUAAGUGAAAUAUUUCAUGAGUAAAAUCAGUGUUCAUUGGAGGAUCAAUAAGAUGAUUUUGUUGGCAGUUGAAAUACAGAAUCUUUCAUAUGGUGGAACAAACUGUGGAACAUCCUGGAGUUAGAAGUGUGCUGUAUAAUUCCAUGAAAUAUCGAUUUUGCUAGCCUAAACUCAUGUUGGAAAUGCUUAGUCUAUCCCAACUGGAUAACUUGCUGUUUGUAGAUCCUGCUGUAGUUGAUGAGUCCUCUUGGAGAGAAGAAACACAACAAAACUUGCUGGCAUAGAAAUUUAUGGCCUUAGUACAGCUUUCAGAAGAGAAAAAUGAGGUGGCUUGAGAGAAAUACAACAGUGGCAAAAGGUUCCAGAAAAUGUUGAAUUCCAUCACAACACUAAAUUUGUAAUGAAAUGGAGUCUGGGUCAAGCUCCUUUCGAGUGGAAUUUCCAGAUUUUUCUAGCACCAUUUUGCAGAAGUUAAAUCAACAGCGCCAGCAAGGACAAUUAUGUGAUGUGUCCAUUGUGGUUCAGGGCCAUCUCUUCAGAGCCCAUAAAGCUGUUCUUGCAGCUAGUUCACCUUACUUCUGUGAUCAGGUUCUCCUGAAAAACAGCAGGCGAAUAGUCCUGCCUGAUGUGAUGAAUCCCAGAGUAUUUGAAAACAUUCUUCUGUCUACCUACACAGGCCGGCUGGUAAUGCCUGCGCCAGAAAUUGUUAGUUAUCUGACAGCAGCAAGCUUCCUUCAGAUGUGGCAUGUAGUGGAUAAGUGCACUGAAGUGCUUGAGGGAAACCCAACAGUUCUGUGUCAGAAGAUGAAUCAUGGCAGUGACCAUCAGUCCCCAAGCAGCAGCAACUACAAUGGCCUAGUUGAAACCUUUGAACUUGGCUCUGGAGGACAGACAGAAUUCCACAAAGUGCAGGAACUAAGGGAUGGUGAAAAUGAAGAAGAGAGCUCUAAAGAUGAACUGUCGUGUCAGCUGACAGAACACGAGUACCUUCCCAGUAAUUCUUCAACAGAACACGAUAGACUUAGCACUGGAAUGACCAGUCAGGAUGGGGAAGAGGGUACUAGUGAUAGUGCAGAGUACCAGUAUACCAGACCAAUGUAUAGCAAACCCAGCAUCAUGUCUCACAAACGGUGGAUCCACGUGAAACCAGAAAGGUUUGAACAAGACUGUGAAGGCACUGAUAAUCCUUAUGAUGAACACCAGGUUUCUGAAUCCAUGAAUGCCAUCCAGGCAGAUCACUCAAUCCAGCCUUCAGGCGUUGAAGAUUUUCACAUAAGUGACAAAAAGAUAGAACCAGAAUUUGAUGAACAGGCAGAUGAAAGUAAUUAUGAUGAACAAGUUGAUUUCUAUGGCUCGUCUAUGGAAGAAUUUUCUGGUGAAAGGGCAGAUGGAAAUGUAAGUGCUCACAGACAGGAUCUUAUGAUAGCAGCAGGCUAUGGUGAAAGCAUUGAUAUGGCUGCUGGGAUUAAAGAAGAAACGUCUCUCACUGGAUUCUCCCAUGCCGAUAAGCUCUAUCCUUGUCAGUGUGGAAAAAGCUUUACACACAAAAGUCAGAGAGAUCGGCAUAUGAGUAUGCACCUUGGUCUUCGACCUUAUGGCUGUGGUGUCUGUGGUAAGAAAUUCAAAAUGAAACACCAUCUUGUAGGCCAUAUGAAAAUUCAUACAGGCAUAAAACCGUAUGAGUGUAACAUCUGUGGGAAAAGAUUUAUGUGGCGGGACAGUUUUCAUCGGCAUGUGACCUCUUGUACCAAGUCCUAUCAGGCUACUAAAACUGAGCAGAGUACUACUGAGAUGAACUAAGACAUUAGUGCUUACAUUUGUUUAGUAGAGUAAGAAAAAUAAACUAAUUAUGCAAAUAAUGUCUGGUACUUGCUAUUGUACGUUCUCAAAAAAAAAAGUUUUAAUCAGUAUGCUGGUAUAAACAGAUCAAAUGUAUUUUGCUUCCUGCAAUAUUACUUCAGGUGUUCAGUGUGUGAAGUGCUUGUGGUUAAUCGGAAAGGUGCUUGCAAAAUGAGGUCUGAGAUUGAUUGUAAUCACAGCAGUAUUUAGAAACCGUCUUGUAUUUUUAAGUCAUUUAAAUUCACAGUAAAACUCAGCUCUAAAUUGACAACAAUCCUGAAAAUAAUUAGAUGAACUAGGAAUUCAGGUAGCACUCCUCAUUGGAGAAGAAAACUAAGAUGACCAAACUGGGUUAUUCGAUUCACAUUUAAAGAAGAAAAAAAAAAAAAAAGCAUUGCACCUCAAGGUGAAGACUGCCAAAGUGCUUAAUAUGUAUCAUUAGGUAGUGUGCAUCGUUCAGUAGCCUUUGUUGUAUUGCUUAAUGAAAGGCAGUGGUAAAGGUGGUUUGGCUUUCCUUUGUCCAUCUUCUGUUUUUUUAAUUUAUCUUCAGUAAAACAAGUCUCUAAUUUUGUGCUGAUUUCUAUUUAGUCUGUAAUGCACUCACGGUUUAUCGCAAUAUAAACUUCAGUAUAUAUUAAGUAUACUUUGUCCUUGCUCUUCUAGGGUCUAAUG